AUGGGUCUCAAGGACGACAACUUUCCCUCCUCCGCUGCCUUUGACGCCAUUUCCGAUGCCCUGUCCACCGAUGCCGAUCGCAAGGACGCCAUCAAGCAGGGAGGCUCCAUCUUUGCCUUCAACCUGAAGAACGCACAGGGCCAGGAGCAGGCAUGGUACAUUGAUUGCAAGGAGACCGGCAAGGUCGGCAAGGGGCCCGCGCCUGAGGGCAAAAAGGCCGAUGUCACCCUCAACCUCAGCGACGAGAACUUCCAGAAGCUCGUCGACGGCAAGGCCAAGGCGCAGCAGAUGUUCAUGAGCGGCAAGCUGAAGAUCAAGGGUAACAUGAUGAAGGCGACGAAGAUGGAGCCAAUCCUGAAGAAGGCUCAGAGCAAGGCCAAGCUUUAG